GCAUCGCAGAAAGCGCGCCGCUUGAGAGGGUACAGGAGCUGGUGCGCUAUGCAGCUGGGCUGGGAGUAGAACCUGGAGAUGAGCCAGAGAAGUGGUAUCCAGUGCGGAUCGUGACCCCAUCGGGCGAGGUGGUUUUCGAUGAGCCAGUGCCAGAACACAGGACCGUGCGCUCUGUGUUGCAGACCCUCCGCGCUGGCGCCACUGGACGGCUGUCUCUGCUUCGUGGCACUGAGGUGGUUCCUCCUGACACCAAGUUCGCCCACUUGGGGCUUACGGACGAGGACUGCCUGUCCCUGGUUAGAAGAGCCUUCGGAAGCUACACUCCCUGGACAGAUGAUGUGCAAGCUGACCACUUGAUAAAGUGUCUCAUUAUGGGGCCUGCAGAAGUGGGCAAGACUGCCUGGAUUCAUGCCUUCAGCCGCGAAGGCUUCAUAGAGAGCUACAAGGCGACGAUCGGCGUGGACUUCAAGAUGUGGGGGCUCAAAACUGGGUUCAGAUUGCAGGCAGAGGAUGGAACCAAGCUUAAAAUACAAUUGUGGGACACUGCGGGGCAGCCACGCUUCAGGCCGAUUACGAAUGCAUAUUUCAAGAAUGCAGCAGGGAUUCUGGCCUUUUUUUCGCUGAAGAGCCGCGCAACUUUCGAUGAGGUCGUGCAAAUGUUGGACAAGGCACUGACAGAUCAUCCCAGCACCCGCUGCUUCUGCUUAGUUGGUACGCAUGCAGACGUCCUGGAUCCGGAAGUCACGGAAGGGGAGGCCGAACAGUUUGCAAAAGAGCGGCGGUGGCCCUUCUUCGCAAUCUCCAACAAGACAGCGGAGGGCAUUGAUGACCCUUUCUACUCACUGCUCGACAGUUACAUGGACGAUUUUGCCAGAAGGUAG